GCAAGCACCAGCACCCUUCGCCCGGCCCCAUGUUAAUGAUCCACCCGCCUGUGCCACAGCCAGCAGCCACACUGGCAAGUGCGCGUGGUGUGGAGGUGCUGGUGAAGCUGGCGGAGGUGGCAGCAGAGCCGGGGUCCACGGCACGGGCAGCUCAGGGGGCCAGCGGCUCCCUGCCCUGCACCCCACCCUCCAUCCUGCACCCCGAUAAGAGCAGCCGCCGGCAGCACCCACUUCCCGGCACGCGGCGUGACUGGGAGAACUGGCCGGGACCAUGGCGGUGGCCACGGUGAACCUCCGCGCCGUCACCUCCUGGGUGGGCAUCGCCCGGCUCUUUGCCAUCGUGUUGUCCUGCAUCGCCUUCAGCUUGGUGGCCUCCACCCGGGACUUUGGGGGUCCCUAUGGGACGUGGUGCAUGUUCACUUGGUGCUUCUGCUUCACCGUGACGCUGCUGGUGGUGGUGCUGGAGCUGCUGGAGCUCUACCCCAAGCUGCCGCUCUCCUGGGAUGACUUCACCUCAGCUUUCUGCAUGCUGGCAAUGCUGAUGGUCUUCACCACCUCUGUGGUCUUCCCCUCCACCUUCAUCAGCAGCCCCUGCAGCGGCGGCAAGUGUGCCCGGCAGGCUGUGGCCACCACCGUGUCCUGCCUCUGCUUCCUCGCCUAUGCCAUCGAGGUGGGGCUCACCCGCGCCAAGCCAGGAGACAUCAGCAGCUUCCUCUCCACUGUGCCUGGACUCCUCAAGGUCUUUGAAGCCUACGUGGCUUGUCUCAUCUUCUCCUUGCUGGAUACCUUCAGUUCGGAAGCUGGCCUGCAGUGGUGUGUGGCCGUCUACUCCAUCUGCUUCAUUGUCACCCUCCUCAUCAUCAUCUUCACCAUUGGCCGGUGCCUCACCUAUAUCCCCUGCCCGCUGGAGAAGAUGCUGGUGGUCUACAAUGCCCUGGCCCUGAUGAUGUACAUCACCGCCACCAUCCUCUGGCCCCUCUACAGCUUCAGGGGGAAGAGCCGCCCCGAGAACUGCGGCAGGAACUGCUGGUGGAACAAGCACCUGGGGGUCACCUUCCUCACCAUCUUCAACCUCAUCGCCUACCUGGUGGACCUGGUCUACUCCACCAAGAUGGUCUUCAUCAGGGCACCUCCAUAAGGGCUGCGGGUGGCCGCGCUGGGGCGAGGGUGGCGGGACGCGGCUGGGUGCCAGCGGAGCUGAGGAAGAGGCUGGACGCCUUGGAAAGCUCCUUCUCCCUGUGCCAGAGCGGAGAGCCAUGGGGUGCUCCCGGGGGUGCGCUCAGCUUGGGGCGCUCCAGGCUGCCCAGGGUGGGGGGACACACCAGGGUGCUCCUGAGACUCUGGAGCUGGGGAGGCUUUGGGAUUAAAUUGGGUCGUUUUUCA